GGUCUUCAAAAGGGUCCUCGGAUCUUUGAUCUUGUGGACUGAUUUUGAAGUGUGUUUCGUGUUGUCCUUGUAAUUCUUGUAUCAUUGCACGACAGUUGUUUGAUGCAAUGCCGUGUAGGAAUUUGGUUCGGUGGAAUGUCAUGAUGACGGGGUAUUUGAAUUCGAAUAAUCCUGGUAAGUGCCUAAAGUUGUUCAGAGAAAUGGCACAGAGGGGAUUGAAUGGGAACGAUACGACUAUAGUUCUUGCGGUUAGUGCUUGUGCUAGGUCAGCUCGGAUGAAGGAAGGAAAAUCUGUUCAUGGGCGUCUAAUUAAGAAAUUUAAAGACUUGAAUUUGAUUAUUGGUACUACUUUAAUCUAUAUGUAUAGUAGAUGCGGCAGAGCAGAAAUUGCUCGUUUAAUUUUUGAUCGGAUAUCGAUCAAGAACAUAGUCUGCUGGAAUGCAAUGAUAUUGGGGUAUUGCAUCCAUGGAAACCGAAAAGAUGGGCUUAAUCUGUAUUCAAACUUGCUGAGCAGUAGAUUAGAAAGUACAGGAAAAAGUCAUGUUGAUAACCCUGUGCUUCCAGAUGAAAUCACAUUUGUCUCUGUCUUAUGUGCUUGUGCCCGUGAAGGACUGGUAACAGAAGAAAGAAAAUACUUUGGCAACAUGAGCGACGCGUUUGGUAUAAAGCCCAGCUUUGCACAUUAUUGGUGCUUGGCUAAUAUUUUGGAAAAUGUUGGUCUAAUGCAAGAAGCUAUAGAAACACUGAAAAACAUGCCAGUAGAUAGCGAUUUACCACUGGAAUCCUCAUUGUGGUCUGAAUUGCUUGGCUCAGCCCGCCUUGGUCAAGAUGUAAGUUUAGGAGAACAAAUUGCAAAUAAGUUGAUUGAUCAUGACCCCGAGAAUUUUUGGCAUUAUUUAUUGUUGGUGAACAUGUAUGCUGCAGCUGGUCGUUGAGAUGAUGUAACUCAGACAAAGUAGAGGCUGAAGAAGAGAGGAAUAGAAAGAACAUCAGGCUGCAGUUUAAAAGACUUGAAGGAAAUUGUUCACGACAUGUCAGCGACAUAAAUAGCAGAUUGAUACAGAAGUAGUCUAUUAUUUCGUGAUGCUGCAAAGCUUUAAGAGCAUAUUCAUCAGUUGGAGGCUAUGUUGCUCAGACUCUUCAAGAAUGUCAGUGGGUGCGUAUCGAAUUCUUCAAAAGUUAGUGCAUCAAAAGUGAAGAGUUUGAGCAACUUACGUUGAAGGCCGAAUCAUGCUUGAAGAACAUACAGGAAGAAUAUUCUAAGCAACGGAUUACUACAUGAUAAAAGGAAUGGAAGAUGCUUCGAAGAGAAAAAGAAGACGCUUAAUAUUUUCAAAAUAUAGUGAAUCUAUCGGUACUAUCGCAGUGGUGGUAUACAACUUUGGACCUAACGGCUGGCGUAGUAACAUUUCGAAAUGAAGGAUUAUAAAUGUAUUCAAAAUUUGUAUUAUUGUAUGAAGAAAAAAUAUCCUAAAUAUG